GUAAUUAUGCGGGGCCCAGCUGUCCGUCACAUGGGUUGCCCACGAACCGCUGGGUUCCACGUGACCGGUCACGUCCCGUCUCGCCUGACACACCCCACCACUGCACUGCACGGCACCACAUCACCGCCGGAAUAUUCCAUCCUGACCCCACCUCCCUCCCCCCCCCCCACCCCCAAUCCAGCGAAAUCCCUCGUUCCCGACGGCGGCGACGUCGCCGGAGUCGAGGCCACGACACCAGAGGAACCCUAAGCCCCAGCUCUAGGCGCCAUGCUUCGCCUCCUCCUCGCCUUCGCGCUCCUCGCGGCGUCCGCGGCCGCGAGUGCGAGAGCGAGCGCGAGCGCCAGGCCCGUCCUCCGCACGGUCCCCGACGUCCCCACCACCGUCUCCUCCGGCGCGGGCGACUACCCCGACGAGCUCUUCUGCGACAGCUGGAGGCUCUCCGUUGAGACGGCCAACGCAGGGCCCUGGCGCUCCGUGCCAGCACGCUGCGGCGCGUUUAUGCCGACCUACAUGGAGGGGGACCGCUACGCGUCCGACUCCGCAAUCGCCGCCGCCGACUCCCUCGCCUUCGCCUCCCGGGCACUGGCCGCUGCCGCGUGGGGCGCCGCGAGGCCGGCGUGGGUGUUCGACGUCGACGAGACGCUGCUCUCCAACGCGCCCUACUACGCGGUCAACGGCUGGGGAUUGCAGGAAUUCAAUGAGACCUCGUUUGAUGAAUGGGUAGAUGCAGCAAAGGCACCUGCAUUACCAUCUAGCUUGAAACUGUACAAUGAGCUUCAGGGACUUGGUUUCCACAUUAUCCUCUUGACUGGCAGGAGUGAAUUCCAGCGUAAUUCCACAGAAGCAAAUCUUUUGUUUGCUGGCUACCGUUCAUGGGAAAAACAUAUACUGAGGCAACCUUCUGAUAUUGGCAAGACUGCUGUGCAGUACAAAUCAGAGAGACGAGCAGCAAUGGAGGCUGAAGGAUUCAAGAUACUUGGAAACUCAGGGGAUCAGUGGAGUGAUUUGAUAGGAUCGCCAAUGGCGACGAGAUCCUUCAAGCUUCCAAACCCAAUGUACUUUAUCAGUUGAUUUUAUCGGUCGAACAGUGGAGGAAACUAGCAUCAUUGCGUAGGGCAUUCCUACCAUCAUUAUGGUCCCGGUCUGAAACUGCUUUCAUUUGUAAUCAUUCUGGACAUAAAUUUGGACUUUUUCUCCCAGCAUGUUGAUAUCCCACUGGGGCUUGAGACCAUUGAAUCUGCCCAAUGAUGAUGGCUUGCUACUAUGUUGUGGUGACGCAAAUUGUAAGACCCUUAAAACUGCUGUCAUUUUUAAAGCAUUCAGGUUCAAAGUUGAA